UAUUGUUGUUCAUGUAAUUGUUGUGAGAGCUAGAGGAACAGUUCUAUUUUAUUGUAUUCUUUUCAAGUUGAGCAUUCGUCUUCCACUCUAUCGUGAUAACUGGCAUACUGAUUAGGCAGUGCUAGUAAAUAGAAACAUCCACUGUUUCGAGUAGUGUUGUAGUCUGUGUCAUCCGAAGAGCAGGAUUGCCUUGUCGUCGUACAUACCGCAGUAGCUGCUGUCCGACAAAUUUUGAUCAGAAUGGCAAAGAAAAAACAAUCCAAAAGUCAGCGUCACAUGGAGGUAGGACAUAAGCGCGAGGAGCGGUCGGCAAAGCGAGCUUUGAAACAUGAGAGACAAAGCAAGAGAGAAAACUACCUGGAAGAGGACGAUGUUGAAUUCAUCAGCUUUGCUAACCAGCUCCAGGCAAUUGGCUUGAAAAUCAAGGAUGUCCCGGGAGAUGGGAAUUGUCUGUUCCGCGCGCUGGCAGAUCAAUUGGACGGCGACAUGGCAAGGCACGGCCAACACAGGCAGGAAACUGUCCAGUACAUGAUUGAGCACCGGCCCGACUUUGAACCGUUUGUGGAGGACGACGUCCCGUUCCACCGCCAUGUGAACAAUCUUGCCAAGGACGGCACAUUUGGUGGCAACGACAGCAUUGUAGCAUUCAGUCGCAAUCACAACGUUGAUGUCCUAAUUCACCAGCACAAUGCUCCAUUAUUACAUAUCAAUGGUAACGACGGCAGCAGCCCUGGUGAUGUGCGUGUCCUGAAUGUUAGUUACCACCACGGCGAGCACUAUGCCUCUGUUCGGCGAAUCACGGAGCCGGCAGCCGCCGCACACCCUGGUCAUCAAACUCUGAGUAAAGGUUCUGCUGCUGCUGGUGGAAUCAAUGGAAAUGGCAAGUCUCGGCGCAAACCAAGACAUACUGCCGGCGCAAACCAGUUGAAGGAAGCACACAAGCCUGCGGCUGAUGAUAGCUCACGGCAGUCCAUUAUGGAGCAGUUGGUCCCGCAGCUGAUUGAACUUACUGGUUGUGAGGAUAUUGUACUGUUGGAGGGAGCUCUGGAGCAGUUCAACUAUGACAUUGAGCUGGCUACCGAGUGCGUGCUUAUGCUGCAUAGCCAGUCCCCAGGCACAGAUAAGUCUGAGCUUGCAAGCGAGGCAGCAGCACCCCCUUCUUCUACUUCGGCUUGUCCCAGUGCAGGCAAAGAUCAGGUCAAACCGGCAGCAGUGACCGGAGCACCAGCAACAUGCACUACACCUGUGACACCAGUCACUUUAGCGACGACAGCGGCGGCAGCAGCAGCUCUAUUGGAAGUAUCGAAGAUCGCCAGUAGAUCAGCAGUCACAACAACAGUAGCAUCAGUAACUUCUCCCAUGGUAUCUAGUGAGUGUUAUACUGGUACACCUGGCAGACAUUCUACACCAUCUCCAGCGCUAGCUGUGCCUGCUCCUGUGUUACCUUCGAGUUCUCCGAUUUCCGGCAAGUCUGAUCGCCAGGGAUUGCCAGCACUUGACGAAACCGACAUGGCACCUCCCAGCGGCAGUCGCAAACAAGCGGCUUCUGGCAGGGUGUCUAUGGAGGAGGAUGCCAGCUGUCCGCAUGGAUCUGAUGCCGCUUGUGGUUGUAGAGUCUCAAGCAACGGAUCUUCACCAUCAUCACCCAAUCCACCUCCUAUAUACCAAAAUGGUAAAGGCGCUACAGGAGUGUCAUCAGGUUCUGGAGCCAACACGAAGAAGCCACUGUUUAUGGAUGAUGUUGAAGCUGCACUGCUUGCAAUUCAAAUUGAGGAGUUGAGUAGGCCCCUGAAUCAACCAUCAGCAGCGUCGGCAUCGUCUACAGGCACUGCCGCUGCUGAGCCGAUAUCUUGUCUGCAGACCGAUAGUAUUGUCACUGGUGCCAGUGGUGUGGAUCUCUCUGGCCUGGGGCUUUCCUGCGCUGGGAAACCACCCCCAUCAUCAGAGACUGGCUGCCCGCCCUCGGUCAAGAAGCAGCAUGGCACAGCUUCUAGUGGCACUGUCCCAUCAUCCGCUGUCCGAGUGAAGGUCGGCAAACACACUGCUGGCAAAGCUCGCAAAGCUGACAAGAAGAAGGAGCGCAAACAACGGCGAGCGGAAGAGAGAAAGCAGGAGGCGGCCAGUGGAAAAUUGAAUGCCUCAGCGGCUUCUGCCCAACUGGCUGGUGGUCAACCUGGAUACGUGGCUUCACUGGCCGACAGACCAGAUGGUGUGCCGAAGAUUGUCUCGAUCUGAGUAGUGUGUCCCUUGGCCAGUGUUUGUCUUCAAGGGAGCUGCUCCAAACAAUCGUCCAACUGCAGUAACUCCGCAGUACUAGAGGACACCCUGACCUGCUAACAUAGAAAAUACCCAACAUCUGAGAGUGAUACUUACAUCUUCAACUCCUAUAAUGUACUCAUUUAAUUGCCGGUUACCGGUAGCUGUCUAUACACCUCGUCUCUCCUUGUUCCGAACAUAAUCUGGAUUAUCUCAAGAAGCUCACCCCAGCCCUGAUGCCUUAUUCACGUGCGCAGCUGACGUUGAUGCUGAUGUCGUGAUGAGCCAUCCAAGCAGCAAAGAAUUCACCCAUCCUGAUACCCUGGCUACCUACAAUACGGAGCAACCAUGGCCUUGGCUACUGCCGGCGGUGGAUAGUACGUACAGCUUCCUAUUUGAAUACACGCCAAGUUUCACUGGUGCUGCAGACUUUAACGUUAGCUGUAGCUAGCUAUACCACGAUGGGAAGUGUACUGCCUCUCAGACUCGGUGCUGGCCGGUGGAGACCGUGGGCUACUGCUGCUACUUUGCGGUCAGACUGUUAUAGUGGCUAUCUACUCUAUUGAUGGUGAGUCUCCAGUCAAGUCACGGUGCAGUGGUAUGUUCUAGAUUAAUGUCAGUUCAGCUUUCAACUCUUUUCUUGUUCAAAGAAACCAUCCUUUUUUUAUUCUAGCCGCUCUCACAGGUAUAUUUUCCAAUGACAUACGUUAACUUCUUCUUUUUUUAAGCGUGUUGAGUUUGUUUUUACUGGUGCUUCUCUUUACCUACUAGACAGUGUAUCAACACCCCCACCUCCCGUCUCUCCCGUCUCUCCCUCUCUUCCACUCUUUUCUUUUUCUCUCUCUUUUCUCUCUCGGACAGGGUUUUAUCUAUUUUACAUUUUUUUUUACUUUCCUCAAGUCUGUAUUCAGUUCCAUCCUUUAUAAAGGGAACAGAGAAAGCAAUUGUCACAUGAAAUACAGCUGAACAUGAAAUACAGCUGAAGUAGAAACUGCACUCAUAACGGUCACAACAUAAUUUUUCUAUAAUAAUAAUUAUAUUGACGUAA